UUUGUGCGUGCGCCGUGGUUAAGAAAACAACGCAUGUUACUUCAAAUCGGUUUAAUAUUUAUAUGCGGCUCGAAAAUAUUAAAAAAUCAAAUAAAACUUUAUUUUUAAAAAUUACGCUAACUUCAAAUUGUAUUUCUCUAAUGUUAACAAAAAUACAUAUAUAAACACAAAAAACAUAAAACCGUAAAUCAAAUCUUAAAAUAAAAUAACCUCAUGAAAAUCCCAUCAAUAUAAAAAUAAAAUAAUUAUGAAAUAUGUAUUUAAACAAUUAUUUUGGCCACUUUGUAUAAUCUGGUGCAUGUUUGGGUGCCCAACAAACAAAUAAUAAAAUUUAACAACAAAUUACUUGUUGGCAUGUGAAAUUUAACAACUUGUAAAAACAAAUCAAACAAACCAAAAAAUUUACUACCAACCGCACAAGAAUUCGCAACAAAGAUUUUUCACUUCUUCAGUAAUUGCAACAAAAAAUAAUAUAUUUAUUAUUAAUUAAAAAAUUUAACAACAAAAUGUUUAUUAAAAAUCUUCAUGUCUUGGACAUGAAUUGAAUGAAAUUGUUAAACGAAACACUUGCGAAAGUUACAUAAAUAAUAAAAAAAAGUGUAUAAAAUAAAAAAAAAAAUAAUUAAAAAAACGUUAAUAAAUUUUUUAAGAAUGGUUACAUGCAAAUCGGAUAAUCAAGUUGUUGCAAUACCUAAAAUGAAUUCAGUUCGUACACGUAAAACAAAUGGUAGUAAUUCAUCUGGCACCCGUCUAUUGGAAAGCGAUCAUCAGGAAUCUUCAUCCAGUGUUAGCCGCAAUUCGGUCUAUAAAUUAAAAAUCGAUUUAAUGUUUGACGAUACCAGUCGUUCCACCCGAAGCAAUCGCCUCGAUGAUCCUCAUGGCUCUCAUCGCACCCGUUCCAUUAUUAUGUACGGACGCAGUGAAUUGGCCAGUACAGCAGGAGAGAGCUCGCGUUCAAUUACUAGUUACCUGCACGAAACGAAUGAGACAGCGAAAAUUCUAGCCGAUAAUACGAAAAAAGAUGUUCAACGUAUUAGCAAUAGUGUGCAGGCACAAAUCGAACAAUUAUUCACAGAUGUGGCCAAAGAUGCAACAAGUAGUUUUCCUGUCACGUGUUUGGGUUCGCUGCCACUCAAAGAUAAAGUAACUAGCUUGCAAGGUCUACAGGAACCGUUAAGAGAACUUUAUUUGAGGGAAAUAAAUGAUGAGAAACAAAAUGCGGGUACUUUGGAUAUUUGUGCAACAGGCCUGAGAGUGAAGACCAACAAUUCACAUAAUAAUUUAAAUAAUGACAGCAGUAUUACACCAUUUCAUAAUAUUGCAGUUUGGUCCGCAGUUAAAUUCACAGUAUCACAAGAAGAUGGAGGUGCUGCAUUUUUACCGCUCAUUACUUCACCCGAAAAUAUUGACAAGUCCACAUUAUUUCAACCUUUAAGUCCUUUGGAGCAGAAACGAUUGGCCAACAACCAACAUGCACCCAUUUUUGCUGUAGUUAUGCGUUCAGCUGGUAUGCCCAAAGUUUUGGAAUGCCACGGUUUCAUUUGUAAGAGCACUGAAGAUGCCAUCGUUAUUGCUGCAACUCUAUAUCAGAGUCUAAUGGCUCACGUCAGCUCAAAUUCACAUAGGAGUACAAAACGUCGUACGCCGCGUAAUCAAAAUGGCGUUAGUUGCAUAAGUAUUGCUAGUAGUUCGGCUGUAACUGGUUCAAAUUAUCACUCGCGGUCACAGUUGGCAUCAGGUGGACGGAAAAGUUCAUUUCGCAGUACGUCUGGCAGUACGGUUGGUGCAUCCGUUGCUUCUCGUUCAAGUCGGAAGAAACGCGUUUCGAAUAGUUCCCUUAGUUCGAGCAGCAAUGUUAUCAAUGAGGCUGUGGAAACUUCAACUGAGGAGAGAAAAAGAAAAUCACACAAGACCAAAAGAGCUCCCCCAAUACCAACCACUAUACCGGGAGAGGCGUCUAGGAAAUUACACUCAUCUGUACGUAAUAAUUCAAUAUCUAGAGACAAUUGCAAUUCUCCAUCGAAUUCGUAUCUGGAGAAGGCGGAGAAUAAUCUUAGAAGUUCACAUCGUUCUCAUUUGAGCCAUUCGAAAAAGACUUCGGGUGAUAGUGUCUAUAAAGCAUCGCAACUUAUUGGAAAUGGUAUAGCUCCAGCGGUGGUGGCAGCAGCAAUUGCCUCAUCAAAUACUGGAUUGCGGAGUGGUGAGAGUGGAGAUAUAUUUACGCGUGUAGCAAUUCCUAGAUCCGGUAGCUUCCUGAACACAGGAGGCCUUACACGGUACAAAUCCAGAGCAGCACGUCGUAAUUCGGGAAAAAUUGGUGGAUCAAAUGGCGGUGGUGGUGGUUCACCACUUGGUUUCAGCGAACUCUUCAAUGAAUUUCGUUUGCACGAGAAUCUGCAUUCACUGGAUGAUAUUCUUUCUGCUAUUAUUGAUGCGGACGGCAUGUCGUUUAAUGAUCUAAAGCCGAUCUACAAGGAAUUUCUCCUUAAACUAGCAGUCACCCUAACGAAGGAUGAGUUAUUUCAAAGAUCAAAGAACAUAAUGCGUCGUCAAAAGAAGAAGAAACUUAAACGUAAAAUAUAUUCCAGUGGUUCCCAAAAAAAACCGAAAACCCCAAUUUUUGGUACAAAAAGUUUGAAGAAGGUUUUUCAGUUAGGUCAGUUUCGCUCGUGUCGUGGAAAGCCACCAAAACCACCCCGUAAUAAAGACUUGGAAAAUCAUCGCAAAUCCGAACCUCCGCUUAUCAUUGGACCACCCACAACAAUAUCCUCCCACCCAAAUCACCGCCAGCUACACGGACAUCAUCAUCAGCACCAACAUCAACACCAGCACCAUCAUCAACAGCAUCAACGUAAUCGUGUGGCUACCAGUGGCUCAGAUGUGUCUGUGAUACGUCAUGAGAAUGCAUUUCAAGGACUAAAUCGGAACAGUAGCAGUGGAUAUGUCUCCUGUUCGGAAUGCAGUUACGAUUCGGAAUCAUGUACUUGUACAUCGGCUGAUCGUUGCUAUUGCAGUCUUCGCACAGAUCAACUUGACAGCCAUGAAUUGCGUCACAUUAAUGAACGGCGCAAGCCAAAACCUAUUAAUAGCAUCAACAAUAUGAAUCGUCAUUCGUUGAUCUCCUGCCAGUCGGACGACAAAUGCUACUGCUCGAUGGUAGAGGAAGAAGCACACAAUACAGCUGAUGAUGAAACGGCUAACGCACAUUCCGAUACAACCUGGUGUGAUACCGACAGCUGUAUAAGUGCCAGUAAAUGUUAUUGCAAGAGAAUUGAAAGUCGUUCCAAUUCCAGACAUAUUGAUAACAACAGCAAAAAUAAAUCACCAAAACGAAGAUCACGCUCCAUGACUCGUAAGACAUCCGACAAACUAGCAGUUGACUAUGAACUGUUCAAUAUCAAUGGUAGCAACAAACCCAUACAGCCCCACGAAGCAUUGAGUGUGAAGAAAAGCGUAGAGGCAGCUGCCAUUUUUGCAGAUGUCAAAUUGAGUCAGACGACGGAUAUAAAAAGUCUAUGUUCAGGUGGUUCUACCAAACUUAAAAACAUGGAUAGUUGUCGUUCUUACUCGGUUGCGGCACGCAAACAGACGCAGUCUUAUCGUAAGCGUGAGUCAUUUAGUAUUGGGCGCCGGAAUGAGCGAAAUCAAUUGCCUCCGCAUAAUCUCUCAUCCAAUACUCUUUCAUCACAAAAAUCCUGUAGUGCUGAUGAUAUACUUAAGCAAUUAUCGUAUAUUGAGAAGAAUAUCGCCCGAGCAGCCUCGGUACACAGUGGAAAGAGUAAAACGCGCGAUAUUAUUUUAAGAGAAAAUUUUCAAAAUAACUAUCAAUCGAUGCGUGCUGUAAGUGCCUCUCUCGAGGACACUUUAGGAUAUUUGCCAUAA